UGUCCGGAACAGAAUCACUGAAUAAUUUCUGCACUCAUUUGCUAUAAAAGAAAUUUAUACUUCUAUCCACAGUACAAACAAAAUGAAUCUGAGUACGGCAAUUGAAAUAUUCCUAGUUUUAACACUGUCGAUUCUAAUAAACUUUUUAGAUUGUAAUCGCCAUAAACAUUUUAUUAAAAGUUAUAUGGAAUAUAAAAUGAUCAAACAUGCUCAGUUUUAUUCUUGUUUCCCCAAAUACGAUAUUAUACAAACAAUUAAAACAAAUUCAAUACCAAUGAAAUUUACAAGAAUUACAUCUUUGAACUGGUUAAAUGCAACAUUCCAUCAAGAAAAUAUAAACCAUUGUAAAAAUUAUGCAUUAAAUGGUAUAUUUGUUGAUGCAGAUUGUUCAAACUCCAAAGAAAUACUCCACAUAUUAGCUGAGGUUAAUUUAUGUACAACUAUUAACCCAUGUGUGUUGCUGUUUUCAACACAAUCAACAUUUUUAAAUGAUAUUAAUAUGAACAAAAUCGUUGAGAAUUACCAACAAUUAAAAAUUAAUGUAAACGCCGAUUUAAAAUUUAUUUUUCCAUGCGAUGAAGACAACAGUGUUGAAUUUAUUAAAUAUCGAAUUUAUGAUGUUUAUAAGAUUUCUGCCAAAUACAACACGAAUUUAAUUGUUCCUGAUAUUGGUACCUGGUCGGUUGAUAAUAAAUUUAAACAGAUGCGUCAACAAUAUGGGAAAAUUUACGAAGAAAGACGAAAUUGGAAUGGUGUUAAAUUUCAAUCUAUGUCAGUUUUACCACUGCCAUUUAAUGGAACCCCUGAGGAGCAUGUCCGGAGUGAUGAGCACUUAGAAAUAAAUCAUUUCAAUCGACUUACUUGUUUAUAUAUGUUGUACGUUGGAGAGUAUCACAAUUUUAGUACUAAUGUUACGAAAACAAAUUCUUGGGGAUAUGAAGUUUCCAAAGGAGUUUUUGACGGAUUAGUGGGUGGGUUUCAAACCGGUGCAAUAGACUUUGCAUGUUCGCCAUUGUUCUUUGUCAAAGAACGCGCUCAGUUUGUGGACUAUGGUUACCGAGUUUGGCGCUUAAAAGCUGCGUUUUUAUUUCGCCAUCCUAAAGCCCAAGCAACAUUUGAGGUAUUUUUUCUGCCUCUGGAUAAAGUUGUAUGGUGCCUGAUUGCAGUAUCUUUGGGCGUUAUAAUUCUUGUGAUGAAAUGCAUAAUUUACUACGAGUACGUACGUAAAGUGAAUCCAGAUAUUGAUGUGUCGUGGAGCGCAAUUGUUCUGUUUCUUAUUGGUGCAGUAUGUCAACAAGGAUCGCCGACUGUACCUGACUUUAUUUCAGGACGAAUUCUGACAUUAUUUGUUUUUGUUUUUGCUAUUUUGAUCAAUCAAUUUUACUCUGCUAGUUUAGUAUCUUCAUUAUUAAUGGAACCGCCAAUAACAAUAAAAAAUCUGCACGAUCUCGCAAAUAGCGACCUAAAAAUCGGUUGUGAAAACGUCCUUUAUGCAAAAAAAGCAAUGGAACGUAUCGGACAUGAUAAAACAUUACACAAAUUGCAAGAGAAGCCAUAUCCAAACACGUCUCUAUACCUCUCGCCAGAGGUGGGACUAAAAAUAGUGGAAGACGGCGACUAUGCUUUCAACGUCGACUUGUCAACUGCGUACCCAAUAAUUAAAAGAACAUUUAAUCAGAAUACCAUGUGUCAAAUCGAGGAAGUUGUUUUAUAUAACAACAACCCGGUUUAUAGCAAUCAUCCGAAAGGCUCAAAUCUCGCAAAAGCAUUUAACAUUGUCUUGCAGAAAGCUGGUGAACGUGGAAUUAUGUACCGCAUGACAUUAAAGUAUAAAGCUAGGAAACCUACAUGUAUAAAAAGUUUUGUGGUUGCUUCAGCUGUGGGAUUGGAACAGUUUUAUCCAGCUUUGGUUAUUUGGUCGGUUGGCGUUUGGUUAAGUUUGAUUAUUAUAAUAUUUGAGUGUAUUAUUCAUAGAAUUACUAUGAGGCAAAUGAAAAAAGUAGACAAAAAAGAAAUGGUUGUUUAUCUGUAUGUAAAUUAAUAUUCUUAUUAUGUAAACUAAACUAAAUAGUGGUAAUCCAUAAAUCAAAAUAUUUUUUGAUUUAAAAUUGGUAUUUACGUUUCAAAUUAUAUUAGUUAUUGCUAAAUUACUGGCGAUAUCUGUGAAUGUUUCAUAAAAGUAGAGGAAAUGUUUUAGAGAAUG